GGUCCUAAUCAACUUCCGGGUUACACUUUGACCUUUGUUAUAAAAUGUGUACGUUGAUCAGUUAGUGGGUGUGUCAUGUUUAUGUCACACACGUGUAUAUUGACAGUUUUCGUGUUUUAUCAAGAUUAAGAAGAAGAUUUGAAGACACAGCAAAAUGCCAUUGACAGGACCUAUGGACGAUCCUGAUGUAGAGGAGAAAUACCCAGGUUCCAGAGCAUAUACAGUGUGUCAGUCUGGUGCCUUCAUGUCAGGAGUGUUUGCAACUGUCACUGGUGGGCUGGUAACAUUUAUAGGUCAGAGUGCUCUAAGGAAACGACUGCCAUGGGGGAGUAACCCAGCAAUGGUCAUCUCUAUUGCGGUAGCGGCAGGCUCUGGUUGGGUAGUUGCCUACACCAGAAGCAGGGAGUGUCAGCAGAAAUGGUACGAGAUCAGGUCAGCCCACGAAGAGAAAAUGAAAUUGUUGGCGAAAGAAGACUCAGGGACAUCCACUCAAGUAACAGAAGUAGCUCCAAAACCCCCUGAACAGCCUCAUCAAUCAAGUCCUGUUUUAUCAGAAACCAACAAAUAUGGAGACCCCAUACAGUGACCAUCGUUUUGUAGAACAUAUUUAGGACCGACUUGGCUUCCAUAUGCAUGUUGCAUUAAAGUUUGGUGAAGACUGGAAUUGUUUUAUGUGUUUUCGAAAGAGAGAGUUGACUGGUUUCUUUAUUAAGUGCUUCUAGGAGCACCGGCGUUUAUUUCUUUGGGCAUGCUGAUUCACGUUUUUCAACAUUCGCCUGGUUCUCUGAUGCUGGGAGAGAGAAUUCUGCUUCUCGGCAUGGCAAAACUUUCUCUUCCAGCGUAAGAGAACUAGGCCCUCGUUGAAAGACACAAAUCGGUACUCCCCCCCUCCCCCCCCAAAUGAUACAAGCUAGCGCUCUUGUAAGUCUGCAAAGGAGACUAUUGUAAGACAAGGAGGUUUUAUCAUCAACAAAAAUGCUGAUCAUGCUGAAUAAAAUUUCAUGUACAAA